GGGGCGGGGGCGGGGCGCGGCGCCGGGAGCUUCGGACCCGAGCGGAGCGCGGGAGGAGAGGGGGGAGAGGGUUGCGCCGCCCAGAGCCCCGCGCUCCGGAAGUGAAGCUGCCAGACCACCGGCUAACGGAUGCGGAGCGGAGAGCCCGCAGACAACUCUCGGCUCCAGGCAGGGCAGCUUGGCUUGGCCAGAGCUAAGAAGGACCCAGGCACACCAUUGUAUGGAGUUGGGUGACAUCCUCAUGUACUAGAAGCUGAAUAAAUAAGCCCAUCAACUCAUGGAACGCUGGAACACAUAAACAGGAGUCCAAGCCAUUUUGCUGUGAGACUUUUCUCCAGGACUUCUGGGUGCCAGAGUGGAGGCGUUUUCCCAUUAACUAGAGAAAGAUGAGGCGGCAGAGACCCAGAGAGUGUGAAAGCAGCUCUCGCAGGUGCCUCCGUUGGUCAGAGAGGGUCAACACCACCACAUGGCUGCUGGCAUCUGGGAGAGAAACAGAAGCCACCGGACUGUAGAGCCUCAGGCAGUGACCUUGUCAUAACUGAGACACUAACCACGCACCUUGGGUCUGUUCUAGAGACAUACCUGGAAGUGCUGAGUACUUGCCACUGAACAAGUAAGGAUUACUGGUCCAUCCAGAAGACUUGGAGACUGAUGUUGGAGUGACCUGACCUGGACCCAUUAACUGGUGGGUUAGAGGUUACUUUAAAGGAUACUUGAAAUCCUAACGCAGUGCCCACCUGCACCACAAACGUAAUUGAUAUCCUUAGAGUUAGAGCAAAUAAAUCCUCGUGAAGAUGGCACUGGCGCUGUUGGAGGACUGGUGCCGGAUAAUGAGUGUGGAUGAUCAGAAAUCAUUGAUGGUCAUGGGCAUACCAGUGGAAUAUGAUGAAACUGAGAUUCAGGAGGUUCUCCAGGAGACGUUAAAGUCUCUGGGCAGGUACAGACUGCUCGGCAAAAUAUUCAGGAAACAGGAGAAUGCCAAUGCUGUCUUGUUAGAGCUCAUGGAGGACAUUGAUGUCUCAGUGAUCCCCAGUGAGGUUCAGGGGAAGGGGGGCAUCUGGAAAGUGGUCUUUAAAACCCCUAACCAGGACACUGAAUUUCUUGAAAGGCUGAACCUCUUUCUAGAAAAAGAGGGGCAGACAGUCUCAGGUAUGUUCCGAGCGCUUGGUCAUGAGGGAGUAUCUCCAGCCGCAGUACCCUGCAUCUCACCGGAGUUACUGGCCCAUUUGUUGGGACAGGCAAUAGCACAUGCCCCUCAGCCCCUACUCCCCAUGAGGUACCGGAAGCUGAGAGUGUUCUCGGGGAGCGCUGUGCCCGCCCCAGGGGAAGAGCCCUUUGAAAUCUGGUUGGAACAGGCCACUGAGAUAGUCAAAGAGUGGCCGGUAGCAGAGGCAGAAAAGAAAAGGUGGUUGAUGGAAAGCCUGCGUGGCCCCGCCCUGGACCUCAUGCAUAUAGUGCAGGCAGACAGUCCUUCCAUAAGCGUGGAACAGUGUCUGGAGGCAUUUAAGCAAGUGUUCGGAAGCCUGGAGAGCCGCAGGACCUCACAGGUGAAAUACCUGAAGACCUAUCAGGAGGAAGGAGAGAAAGUCUCAGCCUACGUGUUGCGGUUAGAGACCCUGCUCCGGAGGGCCGUGGAGAAACGGGCCAUCCCCAGGAAUAUCGCAGAUCAGGUCCGCUUAGAGCAGGUCAUGGCUGGGGCGAGCCUCAGUGAGAUCCUGUGGUGUAGGCUUAGGGAGCUGAAAGACCAGGGACCUCCCCCCAGCUUCCUGGAGUUAAUGAAGGUGAUCCGAGAAGAGGAAGAGGAGGAGGCCUCUUUUGAAAAUGAGAAUAUUGAAGAGUCAGAUGAAGGGGAUGGCUAUGGUCACUGGGAUAACGAGGCAGAUGACUAAAAGCCAACUCAGAGUGGGACCCACAGCCUGUGGGCCUGGGGAUGUUCGCUUCACCAGGCUAAGACCUUUCCCAUGUUACUUUCUUCAAUGAAUGCAAUUGAAAUCAAGGCAUUCAAGCCAGGUCGUGGUCCUCCUUUCUAAGAAAAAAUGUAUCCGAGAGUUUCUUGGACCCUACAUAGAUCACCGAUAAACAAAAGAUUAAAUUCCAACUAUGACAUAGUGAGGCUAAAGGAAACCUCAGGUUUCCUUUAAACAUCCCCAGAUAGACCAAAGGGUACCUAUACCAUAGAAGAUAAGAGUUGACUUGAGAAAAAGAACCAUUUGUUAAUCUAUCUAAAAAUCUAAGUUUUUUGACUUGUCAGGUGUUUUCCUUUUUCAAAUCGGCAAGUUCUGCAUCCCGAGCAGGGUGAGGCCCUGUUCCAGGAGGUAACAGUCGUGUACCUAUGAGCAUGGCCGUGCUCUCAGGAGUGACAGUCUCGUUGAGGACAUGGCCUCCACAUGUGAAAGCCAAGUAACCUUAUGUGUGGAUACAAGACCAGUAGGAGCCAACAGAAGUGUCAUUGUUAAAUGAAGACGACCACCUCCACCUUCAGGUUGCUUUCCCUCCUUUGGAAAGUGCUCCUCCCACUUCUCGGCUGGGCAUCAGAUAGACAAUUCCAGGCACUGUGUUAGGCCCUGAAAACACCGAUGACUCCGCCUAAGCCCAGCUUUUAAGAGGUUCCCAGUGUGAGAGGCGUCCUCAAGAAGGGGCAGACAUUACAGGGGGGCACGCUGGAGAGUUUGGAGUUAGUGAACGGGUCAGUCUGGUGAGAGAAGAUUUUUAGUGGCAACAGAGGGCAAAGAGGAGAGGAGGGCCUACUAUGUGCCUGGUGUUGUGUGCAUGUCUCAUUUAAUGUGUACAGUAACCCCAAAGCAGUGUAAUUUUGCUCUUUUUGAAAGAAACUGAAGUUCUGAUGGGUUAAGUGGUCUUUUCAAUGUCAACUUCUUAACAAGUGGCAAAGCCAAGACAAGGAGUCCAGAGCUCUCUGACUCUUGCUAAUCUGACCUCCACCAUGAUCAUGGUUUUCAGAUUGUGCAGAGAUUUUUCAGCAGUUCUGUCUUUAAAAUGUAUUUUAAACCCUAAAAUCUAAUAAAUAACAGGCAGAUGCAAGUGUGUUGGUAUCCAAAUUUUAACACCUAGAUACACAGUCACCAGCAGGCUCACUUUUAUUCCCAGAUUGACUCAUUUUGGGCAGACCGUGGAAAAAAGGUUUCCUUGCACUAUCUGGGCAUAUAUCUGAACUUAUCUUAAUGUCCAUAGAUUAAGGGAGCUAAACACCUCAUGAGUGUUUAAAAAAGGCCCAUGUGUGUCCUGUGAUGUAACGUGGUGUACUGGUAGAGCAUCAAUGAGCACCAUUCAAUGAAAUGCUGGUUGAUGUGUCACACCCUGGUAGCUUUGUGUACACAAUAGACAAGUUGCCUAACUUCUCCAAACAUCAGUUUCCUCAUCAAAAAAUGGGAAGAUAAUAGAAUAGGGCUGUUAUGUUAGGAUCAAAUGACAUAACGCCUUGUAAGGACUUACCAUGGUGUCUAGAAGAUAGAAAGCCCUCACUACAUUGAGACCCUUAUUAUUAUUUUCAUGAUGCUUAUUGUCUGCUCAAUGCAUGCGCUCUUUAUUGCUCUAAGAGUUGUGCAGCAACUAUGUAAUCUGUCCAUCAAGUUGUGAUAACAUUGCAUUAGAAACAGUUUUAGCUCUUAUGGUAAGUCCCAAUGCUUGUUGUCUAUUAUUUUGUGAUAAGUAUUCUAGCAAUUGUUGACUAUGCUUAGUGAUUCAAAUUUGAGACAAUAAAUUAUUCUUUCUGAUCAUGGAUAAUUUUAACUGAAGAAUAUUCUGAGUUAGUAAGAAAAGCAUUUUUUAAAAAGGUACCAUUUGUGAUCAUUUAUCUGUUAUAUUUUUCAAUACUGUUCUACCAAAGUGAUACAGUUAUCAUCCAAUACACCCUGAUUUUGUGUGUUUUUGUAUUCAUGAAAAUGGCCUCAUUGUUCUCAUUUAUUGACAGUGUAUGAAGUAAAAUUUAUAAAUGUGAAGUUAUAAAAUAAAUACAUGCUAAUAAAAUUCUGAGUUUUUUUCUGUUU